AUGUCUAUAAUCCAAGAAGUUGAAGAAGACAAAGAAGAAGAACAAUUUGAAAUAAAUAAAGAAGGUGAAUUUGAAGAAGAUAUACCUGUCAUACACAUUGAGGUUAAAGAAGAACUACCAAUGGAAGUAACCAAAGUUGAAGAUGGUGAAGGUGAAGCAGUUGUAACCACGGCAACAGAGUCAAAAUUUGGUGUUGAAAUUGAUACUAGUGGUGAGGAUGAGCCAGUGCUUCAUCCUGAGGAGAUAACACCACCAGCUGCUACUACCGCGGGCGAGGCCCAGUCCCCCGCAAGAUCUACUGGUCGCCUCCUGCCCCCACAGAUCAUGGUGGCGAAGCUAACGCAAACCAUGGCUGCCAGUAGGGCGGCCACCUCAUCUGCCUUAGCAUAUAGUGUGCCAUCUACAACACCUGCACCAUCACCUGUUCCACCGCACGCCUCUACUCCACUACCACCUGUUCCGCCUCAUGUACCCACUCCUUCUGCUCCAUCUAUGGCUCCUACCUUGCGUACUCCACCAGCUACAACCACACCACCACCACCAGCUCCAACUCUUGUAUGCCUAAGAUCUAAGGCUAGGAGAUCUGUUAAUAUUGAAGGCUUAUGUGAUUUUAGUAAAGCAAACGACCAAUUGCCAAAGUCAUCUGAAUCAUUGGGUUCAACGGCUAAUAAUAGUCCCUCCAAAACCAAACCUCAGACCGGGCCCAUGAAAAAUGAAAUAGUGGAACAAGGAAAGAGCACUGGCAAGACGAAAAUAGAAAACAGUGCGAAUGUGCUAGGUUGUAACAGGGGUUGGGAGGCAGAAGUGGGUGGCUGCUGCGGCUGCGGCGGCUCCGGAUUUGAGGGCAGGGAGAUGAGCGCACUAGCAGGAAGAAGGAAGGUGUAG